UGCGCGUGUGAGGGUCGGAGGGAAUGCGUGUGGUUGUUAGUGGUGGUGAUGGUGGUAGUGGUCGUGCUGUGUGCUGUUACGGCGAAUCAUGUGAUCACCAGCGCCCAGUACUAUUUGGGACACUGAAAAUUGGACGCAAUCAUGAAUGGGGAGCGAGACCAUGAGGUGAACAGUAUGGAGGAGCGAGGUAGCCUGACGCUGGGUUCGCUAGAGGAAGGCGUUGACAGUCCCACGGUGAAUGGGCGCCACCAAGGUCCUGUCGAUCUGCAGGGUACUGUGCGUUUUGGCUCAGAUGGCUUUGUUGUUGACGCCCGUAAGAGUGCAGUAGUUCGUGAUUCUCCAGCGUUAUUGUCCCCAGAAAUGGCUUCUACGGGUUUAAAUGGCACAAAUUCAGGAAAUAAGGAGACGCGUAUCGCUGAAGAGGAAGCGCCGUUCAUGCGUGUGAAAUGCAAACUUGGCUACCGGCCUUCUCUGAAUAAGGUCAACAUCUAUGAGACAGAAGAGUUAAAGCGCCACACAGCCUUCAGGUACUACACUGCAGGGGGCGUGAGUUUAAUAGUGCACCCGGAGAGCGGUGUUCACGACGGCACCUGGAAACCAUCUCAGAUAGACUCCGACAGCGUGGACUUCCUCACUUCUCGAGCGGGAGACUACAUAUGGAUCGAGCCGGUGUCGAGGCGGGAGUUUGAUGUGGCGAUAGGGGCGCGGGUGGUGAGUGCCGAGGGACGCCGCAUCCAGGUGCAGGACGACGACUCCCAGGAACAAUGGCUCACCCCCGAGCGGAGAAUAAAGGCCAUGCACCCCACAUCCGUGCAGGGUGUGGAGGACAUGAUCUCCCUUGGCGACCUCCAUGAAGCUGGCAUCCUCAGGAACCUUCUCAUCAGAUACAAUGAAAACCUUAUUUAUACCUAUACUGGCUCCAUCCUGGUGGCAGUCAAUCCGUACCAGAUCCUGCCUAUUUACACAGUGGACCAGAUCAAGUUGUAUCGUGGCAAGAAGAUCGGAGAACUGCCGCCACACAUCUUUGCCAUUGGGGAUUCAUGUUACAACAACAUGAAGCGGUUCAAGCAAGACCAAUGUAUUGUGAUUAGUGGUGAAUCUGGUGCAGGAAAAACAGAGAGCACCAAGCUGAUCCUACAGUACCUUGCAGCCAUCUCGGGGAAGCACUCCUGGAUUGAACAGCAAAUCUUGGAAGCAAACCCCAUAUUAGAGGCAUUUGGCAAUGCAAAGACCAUCAGGAAUGACAACUCGUCCCGUUUUGGUAAGUACAUAGACAUCCACUUCACCAAGGAUGGAGUGAUUGAAGGUGCUGCCAUUGAACAGUACCUCCUCGAAAAGUCCCGUAUAGUGUCCCAAGGUUCUGAUGAGAGGAAUUACCACGUAUUCUACUGUAUGCUGGCUGGAAUGACAAGGGAGGAAAGACAAAAGCUAGAACUUACAGAUGCCUCCCAGUACAAGUAUCUGACAGGAGGAGGAAGCAUAACGUGUGAAGGUAGAGAUGAUGCCAGAGAGUUUGCUGAUAUCCGUUCAGCCAUGAAAGUAUUAAUGUUCAGCGAUUCUGAAGUGUGGGAGAUCAUGAAGGUCCUUGCAGCCAUCCUCCAUCUUGGCAAUGUCAAAUUCAAGGGCACUGUCGUAGAUAACCUGGAUGCAUCAGAGAUCCCAGACAUCACCUCUUUGGCUCGUGCUGCAAGAUUCCUUGGGGUGGAUCCAAGUGCAAUUAAGAUUGCUCUCACUACUAGGACUAUUUUUGCACAAGGAGAGACUGUUGUCUCUCAUCUAAGUCACAGUCAAGCCACAGACGUUCGUGAUGCCUUUGUUAAAGGUAUCUAUGGAAGACUCUUCAUUUGGAUAGUAAGCAAGGUGAACGCUGCCAUCUAUAAGCCGAAGUCCACCCAGAGAACCUCCAUUGGAGUUCUUGAUAUCUUUGGCUUUGAAAACUUCAAGACAAACAGCUUUGAACAGUUCUGCAUCAACUAUGCCAAUGAAAACCUGCAGCAGUUCUUUGUGCAGCACAUCUUCAAACUAGAACAAGAGGAAUACAAUUCUGAGAACAUCAACUGGCAGCACAUUGAGUUUGUUGACAAUCAGGACACUCUUGAUCUGAUUGCCAUCAAGCAGCUCAACAUCAUGGCUCUCAUUGAUGAGGAGUCCAAGUUCCCAAAAGGCACUGACCAGACUAUGCUGCAGAAACUCCACAAGCAACAUUCCCAUCACAAACAAUAUUUGAAACCUAAGUCUGAUCUAAAUGCAUCCUUUGGUAUCAACCAUUUUGCAGGAGUUGUCUUCUAUGACACUAGAGGUUUCUUGGAGAAAAACAGAGAUACAUUCAGUGCAGACUUACUACAGCUGAUCCACAACACCUCAAACAAGUUCCUUCAGCAUCUUUUUGUUGAGGACAUUGGUAUGGGAUCUGAGACAAGAAAAAGAGCACCCACUCUGUCUGCACAAUUCAAGAAAUCACUGGAUAUGCUAAUGAAGACUCUACUGUCCUGUCAGCCAUUCUUCAUCCGCUGCAUCAAGCCCAAUGAAUUCAAGAAACCCAUGUUGUUUGACCGUGAGUUGUGCUGCCGCCAGCUGAGAUACUCUGGCAUGAUGGAAACUAUACGAAUCAGGCGGGCAGGAUACCCCAUCCGUCACACUUUCAGGGAGUGUGAGAGGUACAGAUUCCUCAUUAAUGGCUGUCCACCAGCUCAUAAGGUGGACUGUCGAGCAGCAACUACCAAGAUUUGCCAGCAGGUGUUGGGGCGGGCAGAUUACCAGUUAGGCCAUACCAAGGUGUUCCUCAAAGAUGCCCAUGACCUCUUCUUGGAGCAAGAACGUGAUAGGGUCCUCACCAAAAAGAUCACCAUUCUCCAACGCUGUGUCCGGGGAUGGUACUACCGUAGAAAGUUCCAGAAGAUGAGGGAGAGUGCCAUCAUCAUCCAGAAGUACUACCGAACCCACGCCCAGAAGAGGCGGUACCAGAACAUGCGUGUUGGCUACAUGAGGCUGCAGGCGCUUAUCCGCUCAAGGGUUGUAUCCCACCGAUUCAAGCACCUGCGUGGCCAUAUCAUCUCCCUUCAGGCUCGGUGUCGUGGUUACCUUGUAAGACGAGAGUUCCAGCACAAACUUUGGGCUGUCACCAAGAUCCAGGCUCAGGUAAGAGGCCUCAUCGCCCGCCGUCAGUACAGAAAGCUCAAGUUGAGAGUGGAAGCAGCACGUCUGAAGGAAGAAGAAGAAAAAGCACUGAGGCAGCAGAUGGACAAACGGAAGGCACGAGAGAUAGCAGAAAUGAAAUACUUGGAGCGGCUUAAGGAGAUGGAGAGAGCCGAGGAACUACGAGCCAGGGAGGAGCGGCAAAUGAUAGAGACGAAAAUGGAGCGUGUGAGGGAGGCUGAGAGACAGAGGGAUGAACCUUUGGAUGAUUCUCAACUAGUAGAUAGAAUAUUUGAGUUCCUCCCUCCUGAUUCUGCAUCAGAAACACAAGCACCUCCUUCACGCUUCCAGGACUUACCGACUCCAGGAAAAGGAGCGGUGUCCGAGGAUGACAUCAUAUCAGGCAUUCCACGUCCACCUGGGGAUCAAGAUGAAGACUUGUCUGAAUACAAAUUCCAGAAAUAUGCAGCUACUUACUUUCAGGGUAACGUUAACCACCAGUACUCUCGCAAGCAGCUCAAGCAACCCCUUCUGCAGCUUCAGACUCAGGGCGACCAGCUGGCUGCCAUGGCCCUGUGGAUCACCAUCCUGCGCUUCAUGGGAGACAUGGCUGAGCCCAAGUACCACAUGAUGGACCGAGACACAACGUCUGUCAUGUCCAAGGUUUCAGCAACCCUGGGCAGAAAUUUCAUUAAAAGUAAAGAAUUUCAGGAAGCACAGCUAAUGGGAAUGGACCCUGUGGUGUACAUGUCUCAGAAGAACCGAAGUAUCAGGCACAAGCUGGUCUCACUGACUCUUAAGAGGAAACACAAGUUGGGAGAUGAUGUACGGCGUCGCCUGCAGGAGGAGGAAUACACUGCUGAGAGUUACUCAUCCUGGCUUGACUCAAGACCCACAUCCAAUCUUGAGAAGCUGCAUUUUAUCAUUGGUCAUGGCAUUCUCAGGGCAGAACUCAGAGAUGAAAUAUACUGUCAAAUCUGCAAGCAACUGAGCAAUAAUCCUUCCAAGUCAUCCCAUGCCCGAGGAUGGAUCCUUUUGUCCCUCUGUGUGGGGUGCUUUGCUCCCUCCGAGGACUUUGUGAAAUACUUGUUGUCCUUUAUCCGUGAAGGUCCCCCAGGCUAUGCACCAUACUGUGAGGAGAGACUCAAGAGGACCUUUGCUAAUGGAACCAGAAACCAGCCUCCAAGUUGGUUAGAAUUACAGGCAACCAAAUCUAAGAAACCACUCAUGCUGCCAAUCACCUUCAUGGAUGGGAACACCAAGACUCUGUAUGCAGACUCUGCCACCACAGCUCGGGAGUUGUGCAACCAGCUUUCUGACAAGAUUGGCCUGCGUGAUCAGUUUGGUUUCUCCCUUUACAUAGCUUUGUUUGAUAAAGUAUCAUCGCUGGGUAGUGGAGGUGACCACGUCAUGGAUGCUAUCAGCCAGUGUGAGCAGUAUGCCAAGGAGCAAGGUGCCCAGGAAAGGAAUGCUCCUUGGAGGCUGUUCUUCAGAAAGGAAAUCUUUGCUCCCUGGCAUGAUCCCACUGAAGACCCUGUGGCUACAAAUCUCAUCUACCAGCAGGUGGUACGAGGAGUGAAGUUUGGUGAAUAUCGCUGUGAUAAGGAUGAGGACCUCUCCAUGAUAGCUGCACAGCAGUACUAUAUUGAGUUUGGAAGUGACAUGAACACAGAUCGCCUCUUCAAUAACUUGACAAGCUAUAUACCAGACUACUGUGUGUCUGCUGGUGACAAGGCCAUCGACCGCUGGGCUGGCCUAGUGGUUGCUGCUUAUAGGAAAAGUUAUUAUGUUAAAGAGAGAGUUCAAUCCCUCAAAGUGAAAGAAGAUGUUGUCAGCUAUGCCAAGUUCAAGUGGCCACUUCUCUUCUCCAGGUUUUAUGAGGCAUUUAGAUACUCAGGCCCCAACUUACCGAAGAAUGACGUGAUCAUUGCUGUGAACUGGACAGGCGUGUAUGUUGUGGAUGACCAGGAGCAGGUGCUGCUGGAGUUGUCCUUCCCCGAGAUCACCACUGUAUCGUGUAAUAAGACCCAGAAGGUAUACACACAGACCUUUACUCUUUCCACUGUCAGAGGUGAGGAGUUCACAUUCCAGAGUCCCAACAGUGAGGACAUUCGGGACUUGGUGGUUUACUUCCUGGAGGGACUCAAGAAACGCUCCAAGUUUGUGAUCGCCUUGCAAGAUUACAAACCACCUGGAGACAACAUCAACUUCCUCACCUUUAGCAAGGGAGAUUUAAUUCUUCUGGAGGAGGAUUCUUCAGGAGAGUCAGUGAUGAGUGCUAACUGGUGUGUGGGACGAUGUGAACGAACAGGAGAGAAGGGCGACUUUCCCGCAGAGACUGUCUAUGUCCUCCCAGCGGUUACCAAGCCUCCAGGAGACAUCUUGGCGCUCUUCACUGCUGAGGGAGCUGAGCAUGGCCGCAAGUUGUUUACACCACAAGUCAAUGGAGGCGAUUCCCAGGAGAAGCCUUACACACUUGAGGAGUACUCUCUUGACCACUUCAGGCCACCACCAAAACGCACAGUAUCCCGAGCCAUCACCCUCACAUCUGCACGCCGUCCCUCCAAUGACGUUUUGUGGAAAUACUCAAGGGAGCCGAUCAAACAGCCUCUUCUGAAGAAACUGUUGCAUAAAGAUGAACUUGCCCAAGAAGCUGUUUAUGCUUUCAAUGCCAUCUUGAAGUACAUGGGAGACUUGCCAUCCAGGAGAACCAGACAAGGCAAUGAUCUCACUGACCAGAUCUUUGAUGGACCACUUAAACAUGAAAUAUUGCGGGAUGAGAUUUACUGCCAAGUAAUGAAGCAACUGACAGACAACAGGAAUCGACUCAGUGAGGAGCGAGGUUGGGAACUGAUGUGGCUAGCAACAGGGCUCUUUGCCUGCUCUCAGAAUUUAGUGAAGGAACUGAGUCAAUUCCUACGCACCAGAAGGCACCCCAUAGCCCAGGAUUCUCUACACAGACUACAGAAGACCAUCAAACAUGGACAACGUAAAUAUCCACCUCACCAAGUGGAGGUGGAAGCCAUUCAUCACAAGACUACACAGAUCUUCCACAAGGUGUACUUCCCGGAUGACACGGAUGAAGCCUUUGAGGUUGACUCUUCUACUCGAGCCAAAGACUUCUGCUCAUCCAUAGCCCAUCGCCUCAACCUGAAGAGCUCGGAAGGGUUCUCUCUGUUUGUCAAAAUAGCAGACAAGGUCAUCUCUGUUCCUGAAGGAGACUUCUUCUUUGACUUCGUGAGACACCUCACAGACUGGAUCAAAAAAGCUCGACCAUCAAGAGAUGGUACGACACCCCACUUCACAUACCAAGUCUUCUUUAUGAAGAAAUUAUGGACCAACACAGUGCCAGGGAAGGACCGCAAUGCUGACAUCAUCUUCCACUUCCACCAGGAGCUCCCCAAGUUGCUACGAGGUUACCAUCGGGCCACAAAGGAUGAAGCGGCACGGCUAGCUGCUCUUGUCUACAGAGUUCGCUUUGGUGAAAGUAAACAGGAACUUGCUCUCAUCCCGAAUAUGUUGAGAGACCUCAUACCUGCAGAUCUCUCCAAGGCUCAAAGUACCAAUGAAUGGAAGAGAAUUAUAGUGCAGCACUAUAAUAAUGAUUCAGGUAUGAGUCCAGAAGAAGCCAAGAUUGCCUUUUUGAAGGUUAUAUUCAGAUGGCCUACUUUUGGCUCUGCCUUCUUUGAGGUGAAGCAGACAACUGACCCUAACUAUCCUGAGCAUCUCCUUAUUGCCAUCAACAAGCAGGGUGUAUCUCUCAUUCAUCCUGUAUCUAAGGAAAUCCUUGUCACAAAUCCGUUCACAAGGAUCAGCAACUGGUCUUCAGGCAACACCUAUUUCCACAUGACCAUAGGAAACCUGGUGAGAGGAACUAAGCUCCUGUGUGAAACCUCCCUUGGCUACAAGAUGGAUGAUUUGCUCACAUCAUACAUCUCAUUAAUGCUCACUAACAUGAACAAACAGAAAACUCUGCGACUCAAGUAAAUACUGUACCAAUGAAGAAAACCGUAAAGGAAUGGACUGACUAUAUCGUCUUAAUUCCUGGUAACAGUUUGAGCCAAAUAUAUAGUUUUGUGACCAACUCCUGUAACCUCAUCACUGGCUGUCUUAUCCCAGAUGCUGGCCUCUUCACAUUAAACACCAUCACCUCAUUCCACCUUAGUGUCCAGGGCUUCCUGUAUCACUCACAUAUGGCUAUUUUCAUUUACAGUAUAAUUAUUCCAUGAAAAAAGCAGUAUGAAACUUUUAAACAAGCUAUCUAGGAUGAGGUUACAGCACUACUAGCACAGGCUCCAGUUGCAAGCCAGGAGUGAUUGAAAUGAACUACAACAUUACUAGUAGAGAUUCAAUGCCACUAAAUUAUAGAAAUGCUGUAAAAAAUAUAUAGUAUUAAAAGGUAUGAUUAAUUCUUAUUUGGGUAUAAGUGAUGUCAGCACAAAAUUAAUUGCUAAGUUACUAUUGCUGGAGUUUUGUUGCAUCAAUGUUGUUGUAUAUACAGUACAAGCUCAAACUUCUACUUAUUGAUUUAAAUAUGUUAAGAGUCUCUAGGUUAACUUGUAUACACAAGUUAUUGAAAGUGUCCAGAAAUGUCUAGUCCUUGCAAAACUAAUGCUCGCCAUUUAUGUAGUUUCUUUUUUGCUUAUAUUAAGAAAAAUAUUCAAAUUUGGAAAUUGGUUAUGUGGAAUCUCUGGUUUUUACUUGCCCGUCAAUAUCAGGUUAGUGUCCCAGCCAUGGAACAUACACAGGUGUUGCAAUCUUAAAGGAGUUUAGGCAAAGUAAGGAAUUUUCCCAGUGUUACUGAAUAAUUGCAUUGUUCUCUACCACUAGUUACUACUCUUGCAAGCAACAAAUGUUCGAAGGUAUGGCAUCACACCUGCCAUUUGUACUUGCAGUAAAUCACAUGUGCUGCAGUUUUACCAUGCCAAAAUAAUAAUCUUCCCUGAGACCAGAUAGCAUAUUUAAUGUGCUAUUAUAUUGCACGAAGUCAAAUUGGCCAACAAUUCCAGUUUUUAUGAUUUUUCCUUGAUAAACUAUGGCUUCACUGUAUAUAUUCACUUCUCAUACAUAUAUACCAUGUAUAUAAAUUUAUGUAUGAACACUCAAAUUAAACUCUCAUAACUACAAUGGAUAGCCGAGCCUACCUGCCGCUUUUUUUCAGUUCUUCAUCCUCUCAGCAUGACAAGGUUAUCAGGGAGGGGAGCCUAUGUGUUUAUAUGUGGAAAAAAAAAAAAUGCUGCUCUAAACAUACCUUACCUGAAUAGUCUGUAUUGACAGACAGUGAAGCAGUUGGGAUGAAAUGGUUAAUUGUUCUAUGGACUGAUGGUGACAGGAAGAAUGUAUGAUCUUGUACCAUCAUCCACCUGAAAUGAGAAGCAUCCUUUACAAUUGAAAGUCCCUACAUUGAAUUCUAUACAUCUCUCAGAGCAUGACAUAAUCAUAACAAUAAAGCAAUGAAAAAUGCAGUGCAUUCUGAUUCUAAGGUCAUAGUGCCAGUCAUCAAGAUUGUCUGCAUAACUGAGUCAAAUGCAUUUUAUUCCUGCUUUGUCCAAAAAAUGCUAAUUUGCAGAAAAUGAACUUAUACUCUCACAAAUCAAUCAGAAUAAUUGAUUGCAAAUGAGCAGUAAUACAAAGUAUUAACCCUUUCAUCUAAAAAUGAGUUUCUGAAUUUAUACAGUCAUAUUUGUACUGUGUAUACAAUACCUGACAUGGCCACUCCUUAAUUAUGAGAAAUUCUUAUUGCAUUUAGUAAUGAAAAUUUAUAAUUAUGAAACUUGUAUGUAUGACCAUCAUAUAGCUACUAGCUUCAACUAUUUAUGAUUAUGACUACAGGAGCCUGUACAUGAUUAUUAUUGUAAAGAUUGUGCAUUUGUAUUCAGAAGGUGAUUAGAACAAUUGCCUGUUAUGUAUUUAUUAAAAUUUAUCUUAAUAGCAAAACCAGUAUGAAUGAGUGUAUAGAACUGAUGCUAAUGAAACUCAAUUAAGAAGCUGUGAGCCUCCAUGAUUACUGCUUGGGAAAGUAAUUGCAGGCCACAGGUGUUACCAGUGACAAAGUGCAGCUCAUCACUAAUGCCACCUUUCAACAUAAUUAUAGCUUUAAUUCACAAUCUUUUUCCCAUGAUUUCUUUUCAUCUGAUAAGUCACAUGACUACUUAGAGUUGCAAGUAUGAUUAAAAAUAAAACUGGGUGACAAAAAACUUGUCUUCUGUGAGUUGAAAGGAAUGAAUGAUUUAUUUGUAUGAAUUUAUAGCAACAAAUAAAGCUGCUUGUUGGGUAAUUUUACUACUGUACACAAAAAAAUGUUUUAAAAUAUGAAGAUUUAUAUGGUUGUAUAUUUCAAUAUAUUUUUAAGGGCAAAACUUGUGAUUCUUUGUACUAUACAUUCUAUUUUACUACUCUAUCUGAAGUCAUCACAGUGUAGGUUUUGUAAGUAGCCUCAGCAUUAUGAGAUCCAUUAAAGCAUUUCACUUAAACAUGGAUUACAGUGACAAUUUGAUAUGGUUUAUUUUUAAAAGCAAGCUUAUUUUUCAGCUUACCAUUAUUUUCACUGAUCUCUACUCCAUUUGUUUCUUCAAUACAGCUACAUCAUUUUUUUUUCUUUUUAUGGCUCUAAUUAUAUGUACAUAUCCAGUCUGCCUUGUUGAUGAAAAUAAAAUAUUGAUAUAACAAAAAUGGUUGUUUAAAUUCUUAUAUCUCUGUCUGAACUACAGAAUAUUCUAUAUGAAAGACAUACAAAUGAAUCUGAAUAACUCAAUACUACUAUCAACAGCUACUGUCCUCUUGCAACUUCUUCCCUAAAACUUGAUUGAGGAGUGGCUAUUCAACACUGUUCAGAUUACAUUACGUUAUAUCACAUCUAUAAUCUAUUUAUUCUUUUAAGGUCCCAAAUGUGGGUGAGAUUUAAUAUAAGUACAAUAAAUAAUAUUAUGUUGUUCCUGAAGAUGGUACAGACAAGAAUGUAAUUCUAGUUACUUUCUUGCUUCUUGGUGCCCGAGUGACAUUCAUGGAGACUUCAUUCAUUUUCUUAUACAAUUCACUCAGUCUGCCGUACUGAGGUCGUUCAUUGUUCCUGCUUUUCCGAUUAUGACAAUUUUUUUUUUUUUUUUUUAAAAGCUUGGGUUACUCAAAAAAGACCUCGCUCCUUAUCGUACGUUAUACCAAUAUGUCUUAGUGUAUACUGAAGGGUCACUGUUGCUGAUUUUCCGAAUAUUACAAUUUGACGUUUGUUCAUGUUGCAGUUCAUGAUGAAAUCGCAACUGAGCGCGUGAACAUUGCUCAAAAUUUGAACUACACCAUUGUCUUGAUCUUUUGCAAGGAUACAUAGAACAAAUAAAACUCUAUCCACGCCAAUUUCGACGUUGAGAACACGAAUGAAGUUUGCAUAUUACUCCUAACUAAUUGCAAAAGUUUAGCAGAUCUCACUAUAGUUGGCAUCGAAACAUCCAGCCCUUCGCAUGUUAUCUUGGCUACCGUAAGUAUCGAUUCCCUGCUUAAGAGCUAUAGUUUUACUCGACAUGAACAGUGCGUGUCCCAGCAAGAGCAAGAUAUUAACAGUCUCCAACAGAACACCCUCCCUGCCCCCGUCCCCCCCCGGCGCGGCGCCUCCCGGUGACGUCACUCUUGACAAGCCCGGCGGGGUGAUCACUAUUACCAACUUAAGCGCCUUCUAGCCACUAUGUAAACAAUCACAAAUAUCUUGUUAUCACACAGACCAUAGCCAUGUAAAGGUUCUAACUAACUUCUCGUAACACAGACGAUACACGCAAUAAGGCCAGCUACAUGACAUUACAUCAUAAGCGCUGUGGAAAUACGAAUAAGAACAGUACCGCAAAUUCUCCAAGCCGACAUCAAGCAUCGGUAUUGGCAACAGUGUGGGCGCUGAGUACCUACAUUAGCAGUUUUCAGCGUGAAGACUCAAGCUUAUCACUCGAAGCUGGCAUCCGGUGUUCAAACUACAAUUAACUGACGCGUAUGAAACGAUCCAAAGGUCUUCAGGGAACAAGAGGAUGGAAGAGAGCUGUUCAAAACGAAUCCUAGCCCAGUGACUGUCCUCCAAGGGAUGAGAUGGAGGUCACAACCAGCAGUGCUGCUCAUCGUGCUUGACUUCAGUGUUACCAAGCAAUAUUGAUGCCAAGAAAGACAAACUUCCAGAUAACAAAGUUGCCAAAAGAAUAACAGUAUUGUUUUAAAAAGAAACUCAAAAGUUCAGUCCAUAAACUGAAAAAGUAUUAGAUCCCUCAACAGAACUGUCCUUUAUUUUGACCACUCAACAUUUCAGUGGUUUAUGUAGCAUUUGAUUAACUGGUGAUCACAGUAUGUCUGUGGGAUCAAGUUUUGAAAUAUCUAUGGAUACAUAAUUUAUUAUUCAAAAUACUCAAGCAUUUCUGGUGAGUUACAACCUCAGCUUUGUUUUAUGAAGAAUUCUACGGUGAUGUCUGUACAUUACCCAGACUGUUAAAGUGGAAGGCUUUCAGAUCACAGUUGUCUGUCCACAAACAUGGCCUCACAACACACGGGCUCACAUGACUUCACGUAUGAACAGUACGAGAAAUUAUACACCCAAAAGAAAUAUAUGGAUGAGGACUCGCUAAAUGAGGCAGACCUAAACAAGUUCGAAUGUGACGAAUGUGGAAAAUUUUUCAGUCGGAAACAAGAUCUUCCACGCCAUUCCCUCACUCACACAGGUUUGAAGAAAUUUGGAUGUAAUGAGUGUGGAAAAUUCUUCAGCCAGAAACAUCAUCUUAUGUACCACAGUCUGACUCAUACAGGGUUGAAAAAAUUUAAAUGUGAUGUAUGUGGAAAAAACUUUAGUCGAAAGGAGAGUCUCUCACGUCACCAUCUAAUCCAUACAGGUGAAAAGAAAUUCAAAUGUGAAGAAUGUGGAAAAUUCUUUACCUUAAAGCAUCACCUUAUAUAUCAUUCUGUUACUCAUUCAGAUUUGAAAAAAUUUGAAUGUGUUGAGUGUGGAAAGUUCUUCAGCAGGAAGCAGGGUCUAGUUCGCCAUACUCUAACUCACACUAGCUACAAUAAAAUGUAAUGAUACUUGUGGAGAACAUUCUGUAUAGGUAAGGCUACUGAGUGAGUUCACUGUCAUAGAAAUGUAAAGAUUUGAAUAUGUAUAACUUAACAUAAAUGUUUGUUCUGUCAUCAUAAUCUAUAUGAAGUUUUCUUUUUACUUUUUUCUUGUGAUUCAGCUUUAUUUUGGUAUUGCAUAGUGAAAGCAGUCAGAAUGAAAAGAUUGAAUGAUGUGGAAGGUCCUACAUCCUUUAUUUUCUGAAGUGGUCCACUAUAAUUAUGAUGAGAUAUUCAGAGUGAGAACUUCCAGCAAGGAGUGAACUUCUGUACUUAUAUUCACAUGUUAUUUAUGCAAAAUGAACAAACUAAAGUUGACAUAACUUAUUGGCAUCCAAAACUAUGCAGUUCAUCUCUUCUCCACUAACUAAGCACAGGCUCUUCUUUUCACCCUUGCACUUUUGCAAAUGGCACAUUUUUUAAUGAUUAUUGAUCAGUAUCAUUACCAGUAUGUAUUGUAGUAAUGUAAGGUCUUAUGAUUUUUUCCAGUUAUGCUUUUAAAUUGGUGUAUACUACAUUAAAAAAACAAAUCUCUUAAUUUUCCUGUGUUACAUUCCCAUUUAAAUCAAAGGAACAUAUGAUUUCAUUGAUUCAAGAAGGCAAGUUUCAUAUUAACACAAGUCAAUCAUGCUCACCUCAUAAUAGAUGGGGCUGCAGAGUUAAGCAGCUUCUUUGUAGCAAACAAUACACCUCUGGACUCUUGUGCAUGGCAAUGUGCCAUCAUUGAUACUAACAGUCCCAGGUGUUCUGUAAAGGGAGGGUAGUUCCAAGGUCAUAUUGCCCUACUGAAAUCAAUGCUGAGGUGAACAGAUUCAUCAUAAAUAACAGAUGGGAAAAAAAUUAAUUUACCUGUUAUUAUAUGAACAAGUAAAAGGACAGCAAGAAUGUGGAAGUUAGGCUUAAAGAGACAAUCAUAGACAAGAGCCUAACAGCAUUCCUUGGAACAGUUUUCUUUUUUCAUGAGGAGCUUAAUUUUCCAGCAGCUAUUACAUGUUUAUUUUGACUUAUGAUGUCCAAUGCCUUUUUAAAGAAUACUAAGGUUGUUAAUAUCUGCACACAUGAUAUAUGCAUGUAUAGUGAGAGUCUGACUUGGCUGUGGUGCAAAAUUAUGGUUAGUUUUUAAAGUAAUGUGACCAAAGAAUGUUUUUGUAAGAAACAAUGAUUUGUCAGGAAUUCCUCAUUUGCAUUUUAUUUGCCAUAUUUCAUGGAUGCUUUAAUGAAUAAUAUGAUACACAAUCUGUAAACAAAAGCCGAAAAUAAAAUAAUAGCUGGAAA